GGAAUCACAAGCGAUUCACCGAUUAUAUCUGGGCGUACUCCCCACGCAAGGAUCGCCCAUGCGAGUACAAGCAUGGAUUGGACUUUCUUCCUGCAGAUACACACCACCGUACAAGGUGGCCACUGGUGCGGAGGACUUGCUUGUCGGAGACUGUCCAGUAUGUUUGCAUGCGAAACACAAGAACUUUAAAAAGGGCUAUAUGCAGUGGCUUUGCCCUGUAUUCUCACUCGCACAGUAAUAUAGUUAUUUCACAUGCUAUGGCAAAUGAGAGAUGCCAGAAUAUUAUUGGCAUGAACCUUCCGACGGCAGAGCAAUGGGAGGGUUUGAAGGCGUUAGCAAAGACGUUGCCCGAGAACAACUUUGGCUGCAAGGCAAUGGUUGACGAAUACAAAGAUUCUGGAAUUUUGCGGAUUUCGGAUACGGGUCGCAAGGGAAAAUUCCUUUGUUUCGGCUGCCGUCCACUUGUCAGCCAGGACACAGGAAUAAAUUACGUAACGCCGAAUGGCACCGUGGUUUGUCACAAUCAACGCCGGCCGCGCCGUUUGGCGAGCACAACAGGAGCGCCAUACUGUGUUAACGGAUUUUGGAGGAACUUGGACAGCUGUGAAAGAGUACUUGUUGUAAAAAGUCACGAUAUUUUACAGAUGCGCACUCCGAAUUGGACCAUGGACUACAGAAUUUGCAGAGGGCACCAUUAUCCGUGGACAAUGGUGGGUCAUGUAACUUGCCCAGGGGGUCACGUGUGGCAGUGUCGCACAGCAGGUCCCAAUAAUGUCUUAAUACCAGGCCAUGAAUGCUCCAGAGUAGCUGGUAAAAUCUACCUGCCCCAAUGCGUCAAUAAUUUAUGGAUGAAUCUCCCUAUGUGUUAUCAAAAGGAAGUUGGUUUCCCUGACAACUACGAUCGAUCUGGUGUUGACCUUGAACCCCGCACUGCUACUUUCAAAUGCAAACCCGACUACUUUGAACAGUGCUCUACUCCGCCGUGUGCUGGAGGGAGGUGGAAUCAAGCGGCUAACUUCAGUGGAUCACCCCUGCGAUGGGAUAAUCUCCCCAACUGCAGACGGUUCCAUUCUGCCGAGUGCCUGAAAUCUCGGUUCCAGUUUACAUGGUCCAGCACUACUUAUGAUCGCGCUGCCAUGGCGUGUGACUCCAUAGGCCAGGUGCUUGUCAAUGAACGACUCUUUGAAAAGCAGUACAGUUUGCAUCAGGAAUGUCUGCUCCAGACAUUGAAUGGUGCCGUUAUGUGGGUCAGAAGCCCCAAUGGACCCAUGGAGUACAAGUUUGGAAGAGACUCCAUGCCUGUACCGUUGCCAAAUGCUAACUCUGAGCAGACACGCCUCUUCCUAUGCAUGCCAGCUGAACUAAUGAGCACUAACGAUCACUGCGACGAUAAUGCGUAUGAACCCUUGCCAGUUGCCCUUCUAAGGGAAGCAAAGGAUAUCUGUUCUCUACGACGAGGAGAACUGGUGAAGGACAAUUCCUUCUUCUCAGCACGCUGUCUCAUUCUUUUCCGCUUGAGGACAGGUCUUCAAGAUCCCUAUGUUUGUCAUGUUCCAACACAUUCUCACCAGCCGGUCAGUGAAAGGACAUGCAGCCCGCGUCAGGGUGACAGAGGUAAAAUGCUCGUGCCCACUGACAAGAAAAUGGAUUAUUUCGAUGCCGUGCACGCAUGCAAGCUCUGGAAAGGUGCCCCUGUACAGUCUCUUGCCGUAAAUGAAAGAUGUUUUCGGGAAUUGCAGAACACACAAAACUUACUGCCCCUUUCCGACCCCACUAAAUGGCAUACAUAUGAACAGCUGCCGGCGCUGCAAGACGCUCACCUGCACCGCUUUUUCAUACCGAAACACGUUGUGUGCUGGAUCCCAGGCGAGCAUGUUCCUAGAAAGAGCUUUCUUCCCGUAGACAUACCUCUCUUCAACUCCACAGUAUCCGUUCCCUUCAUGCACAAGGUGGACUGGACCACGGCAGUUAACGAGUGCAGAUUCCGAGGUGGCUACUUGCCCAACACACAGGCUGUAGACUUUUGGAAGACAAAUGUCAGGGCAGGGUUUGACCUGGGUCCUAAGAUAGAUAGUAUUGCCAGCAAUUACCAUAUUAUGGCUAAUGCGACAGAGCAGGCACAGAGGAAAUUUGUCUUGUGCGAAAUUCCCAAGAAGUACAGAGAUUAUGAUACGCCUCUGGUGUCCACAGACUGCAGCAGACACACUCGCCUUAUACUUCCCAAUGUUCAGCCGAUGCUGUUAGGCGAUGCGUGGAGGGAAUGCAAGUAUUGGAAUGGAGAACUAGUAACCAGCGGAGUAGGUGGGCUCGAUAACUGCCUACAGCCAUUCUACGGGGCAAUUGCACGCCUCCAGGCCAUGAAUGUUCUGUGGUCAGUCCAUGAUAACGACUCAAUCCCUGAAGCACCUCAGCAGGGUCUACAGAAAGCUUAUAUACCUGUGUGCAGGGUUCCCAUUAAGUAUGUUAGGUUCUGGUGUGCACAAACCAACUCCGAUCUGUCCAUUCGAGAAAAUCCUCAGACCAAAACGCUGCCCGGAGCGGAGGAACAUUGCCAAAUUGGGUUUUCUGCGGACGAGAAUGGAAAGCCGUAUGCUGCAGAUGGCCGCAUUGUUAGCCAAUUGUCCGUCGAAAUGCAAUGCCUUACCAACUACCUCAAGCAAGUCAAGAAAGAAUCCAUUGAAGGCAAUGUUUGGAUCGAUGGCGUUCAAGCUAGUCCUCCAACGCAGAAGAAAUACGUCGUUUGUGAAUACAGAAGAAUGUUCACGGACCUGCCUUGCAAGAAGACAAGAGCUCUAUACAGCCCGUUCCCCUUGGUCAGGAAGAGCUACGAUGAUGCCGUAACAGAAUGUAAACGUCGAAAGUACUUUGGACUUAUGACUAGAACUGAUGGCUGUGGGAUUCCUUCUUGGUAUAAGCUAAACUUAGACACCUUUUGGUGGAAACACUCCGUGCCUCGCGGAAUAGAAAGAUUUUUCGUCUGUGAACGGGGGGUGACAACAUGUCAACAAACCUGCUCCGACAUCAGCGUGUUUCCUCUCCAGAAGAUGCUUCCCUCAGGAGCAGGCCAAGUGUGCAGACAACGAAUCAACUUGUUUGGCGGCGGGUACAAGUUUGCUCACGUCGCAAGUUCAGAGAGCGAGAUCUUUGGAUGCGUCACUACCCAUCUGAGAUUGGCCAGUAUGUAUGAUGAAGAAGUUAUCGGUGGAGGCAAAUUAUUUGGCGGUGCGCUGACAGGGUCAAGAGAAAGAGCAUUCGUUGUGUGCGAGUAUCGAAGACAAUGCGGCUACGAUUGUUAUGGACAUUACGAUGACGGGUCUCUGUUCUCCUCAAAACUACACUAUGUCCCCACGGAGUCUGGCAAGAACUUCAGGGAAGCUAAACAGUAUUGCGCGGACCACGGCAUGCACCUUCCAAACGUCUAUGAGAGAUUCUGUGUGAACAGGUUCCUAUCUCAAGAGAUGGGAACUGGAGGGUCUGGUUGGAUUGAUAAGCCUGAACUGAACUCAUACGCCCUUGUAAGCCAACCGAUGGCAGGUGGCCGUCCACAGUGGAUCCCCUCCGAUGCAAAAAUGAUGAUUGUCGUCUGUACUGUGCGCAGAUGAGAGGAAUGCGCUGCCUCUACAUUGUUGUGGCCGCGUGUAUGUUACAUGGACGCCCGUCAAGUUUCCUCCCGAAGUGUUCUGGAGCAGAAUGUGGAGUCGUGCAGGGGUCUCAACCUGCCUACCUAGGGCACACCUGAAGACGAUGUAGAGACUACCCGGGCACACAUGAACCCCAACACACAAUGUGAUGCCUAUCGCGGCACAUAUGAACCAGCAAACACUCUGUGAUUUGCGCUGCAGCCUCUCUGGCGAAACGCCUUUAUGCAUUCUUCGUUUUCUGUAUGUUCUUCUGCUCAAUAAUUAUUAUAGCCUUUUUGUAGACCCACUAUGAUCAUGUGUAUGGUAUGCUGCUGUUGUUGUUGUUGCUGUUGCUUGGAGGAUUGCACCAGCUAGCAUACUGUGGAUUUAGACUUUCCAGAGAAGCAUUCGCCUGCCACCAGUUCGACCGGGUGGACAUGCAGGUGGCCUACUCCCCUUUCCAUUC